CUGAGAUGCUGUCUCCUGGGCUUGGGUCCUAAACAUUCCGAACCAAGUAAAAUAACUCUCUACUUUCAGGUGGUGACUAGCGUUUUAGUCGACGGUUUUCAUCUAACGCCUGGAACUCAGGAUUCCAUUAAGAGAAGAAUCAGGAUGAGUGCUCACAACCCACCCAGACUUGUGAACUUGGCAGCAAUGAGCCUGUUGAGAGAUGAGGCCUUGGCCAUCUGGUCUUUGGAGUAUCUGCCCAUGGAGCUCUACCCAACACUAUUCAUGGCCGCCUUCUCUCUCAGACGCAGUGAGACCAUGAUGGCCAUGGUGCAAACCUGGCCCUUUGCCCGCCUGCCUCUAGGAGGGCUGAUGAAGAAGCCUCACCAAGAAACCUUAGAAGCAGUGCUGGAUGGACUUGAUGUCCUGCUGGCCCAGAAGGUUCAGCCCAGGAAGUGCAAACUGCGGGUGCUGGACUUGAGAAAUACUGGCCAGGACUUCUGGAACAUGUGGUCUGGAGACAAGUACCAUGUGACCUCAAGUUCACUUAGGGCAUCAGUGGCUAAGGACAUGUCAAGGACAAAGCACUCCUUGGCUCCCUUGGAGAUGUACGUAGAUCUUUGUCUCAAGGAAAAUACCUGGGGCAAAUGUAUCACCUACCUCUUCACGUGGGUGGAGCAGCGGAAAGGCUCCAUACACUUGUGCUGUAAGAAGAUGAAGAUUGUUUCAAGGUCCAGGGAAACUAUUAAGAAAGUUUUCCGAAUAGUGAAGCUGGACUGUAUCCAGGAGGUGGACUUGAAUUUCACCCAGAAGCUGUCCAGCCUGGCCAAGUUUGCUCCUCUCCUGGGCAAGAUGAGCAAUGUUCAGAAACUCCUUCUCUCCCCCAUUCAUGGGUCUGCUGCUGAGGAACAGGACCAUCAGGCUCUUCUGCAAUUUACUUCUCAGAUCCUCAGACUGCAGUACCUCCGCUAUCUCCGUAUGGAAGGUCCAUCUUUCCUUGAAGGCCGCCUGAACCAGAUGCUCAGAUGCCUGACGAUCCCCUUGCACAACAUCUCAAUAACCAACUGCCUGCUUACAGAAUUAGACUUAACCCAUCUGUCCCAGUGUCCGAAAAUCUGUCAGCUAAAGGGCCUGAAUCUGAGUGGUGUUACCCUGACCAACUUUUGUCCUAAGCUCAUCCAAGGCCUGCUGGAGAAAGUUGCAGGUACUCUUGAAGAGCUGAACUUAAACUUGUGUGGGAUCACGGACUCCCUCCUCACGGCUCUUGUGCCUGCCCUGAGCUGCUGCUCCCAGCUCAGGGUCUUCAGCGUGUGUGGAAACCUCAUCUCCAUGGCUGUCCUGCAGAGUCUCCUGCGUCAUACUGAUGGGUUGUCUGCUUUACGUCUAGAGUUUUAUCCUGCCCCUCGGGAGAGUUACAGCUUUCUGGGUAUUCUUAACCAGGAGAGACUUGCCCAACUAAAAGCUGAGCUUUGGCAGCUCCUUACAGACUUAGGACAUCCCAGGAAGAUUUGGAUUAGCCCCAGCCCCUGUCCUCACUGUGGUGAGGAAGUGUGUGAUCAUCUGAAUCCCAAUGCAUAAUACUGUAAUACCCUGCCUAGGUGGUUGCCUCUAUCAGAAGCUUUCUUCUGGACACUUGGAAACUGAAAUCUAGUACAUAGGUAUAUUAUGAAGGGAAAAUACACCCUUGAUUUCUGAUACCAGCUCAGUGUCAUUGAGAAAAGCAAACGUGAUCCAGCAAGGGUGCAGGAUUCUAGAAGGAUAUGUUGACUUGGGGAGUUUGGGAUUUAUUUAGAGACAUGUUUAUGGAGUCAAAUAUGAACCUAAGUUUCUGGAGGUUCAGUUUGAGACACACAUGUUUGAGUUAUUUCUGUAUGCACAAUUGUAGAAAUGAUCAGAAAUAAAGAGACCUUCCGUGUAAAUGAA